AUGGUAAGAAACAACCCCAACCUUGUAGUUACAACCAUUCUAUUUCUAUUAUUAUCAUUACCAUUAGUCUCAUGUGAAGAAUGUUCAUCGAAAUACGAAGGUGGUUGUCACGAUAUAAAUGAAGCAUUAAAGUUAAAACUAAUCGCAAUAUUUUGCAUAUUGUUGUCAAGCAUGAUUGGUAUUUGUAUUCCAAUUUUCACAUCUUCGAUUCCUGCUUUAAAACCUGACGGAGACUUAUUCAUUAUUAUAAAAGCUUUUGCCUCUGGUGUUAUACUUGCUACCGGUUAUAUGCAUGUGAUGCCAGAUUCAUUUGAGGAUUUAACUUCUCCUUGUUUGCCUCAACACCCUUGGCAUAAAUUCCCAUUCACCACUUUCAUUACUAUGAUAUCUGCCAUUUUUACUCUCAUGGUUGAUUCAUUUUCUUUAAGUUAUUUUAAAAAGAAACUUCCUAUGUCUUCUUCUUUGAAUAAUUUGAAAAUGACAAAGGAAUUGGAAGAUGGUCAUGGUCAUGAUGGUCUUGCAAUUGCAAAUGGACAUGGCAAGAAUGUGAAUGCCGAACAAUUGCUUCGUUACCGUGUUGUGGCUCAGGUUUUAGAGUUAGGAAUUGUGGUGCACUCAGUAGUAAUUGGUUUGUCAAUGGGUGCUUCGGAGAACCCUUGCACUAUAAAACCUCUCAUUGCUGCACUUUGCUUCCAUCAACUCUUUGAGGGAAUGGGUUUGGGUGGUUGCAUACUUCAGGCUGAUUAUGGAGUGAAGAUGAAAGGGAUAAUGAUAUCUUUUUUCUCAGCGACGACACCAUUUGGGAUAACAUUAGGGAUUGGAUUUUCAAAAGUGUAUAGUGACACUAGUCCAACUGCACUAAUUGUAGAAGGGGUUCUAAAUGCUAUAUCUGCAGGGCUUCUCAAUUAUAUGGCACUUGUUGAUUUAUUGGCUAAUGAUUUUAUGGGUACGAAGUUGCAAAAUAAUAUCAAGCUUCAAUUAUUGUCUUAUAUAGCUGUUUUGCUAGGCGCGGGAGGCAUGUCGGUCAUGGCAAUUUGGGCCUAA